AAACCAUUCAAUUUUGUCAGCCACUGAAUUUUAAGCUUGAAAAGACAUGUUACACCGCUUUCAAUCUGACUAAGCUUCCAGUUUCAUAACACUGAAGAGGAAUACAAAUGCAAUUAUGUGUGCUGUAAAAAGGAAAGCAGUGGCAGUUUUGUUGGUGGUCUUGCCGCUCACAGCCAUGCUCAUUUACCACUGGAAUUCAUACACGAUGACGACGAUUGAUGUGCUACGAGGAUCAGACUCUUUAAAAAUGCUACUGGAGGAAAGGAUACAAAACAUAGACCGCAAAAAUGACCAUAUUCCUUACCAUCUCAAAGAGAGCCUGUCAAAGAGUCUUGCCAAUAAUGGGUGUGUUUGUGAAGGCGACAAAUCAGGCAUUAAUUUCCCAUUCGCUCAACUGCUGUUUCCUCAAGUAUCAGCUACCCAGCUACAUGUGUCCUUAAAGGAUUCAGACAUGCAAAAAGCAAAGCAAUACAGAAAUAAAGAGUAUCACAGUUUCCGUAAGAGGACGUAUACAACUGCAGACUCACUUAUCAUAGCUGAAGCCAACAGCCCUCUUCAGUACCCUACGCAGGGUGUGGAAGUCAGACCAACAAGGAUCAUUCUAAUUCCUGGUUUAGGUCUGAACCAAAUAUCCAAAAAGGGCCCUUAUUUGGUAGAUCUGAUUGCUACAAUGGGAACAUUCAAUACAGCAGCGCUGGUGGAUGGUGUGCAAGUCAAAGGGGAAGGAGAGAUGCAUAUUAGUUUUAUAAGCAGAUCACUGGCUUCCCUGAACAGACAGCUAGAGUUUGUUACCUACACAAACACACGGUUCCAUCCCAACACAGCAGACAUAGUACAAUUUAAAGCAGGUAUAUUCCAGGCCUCCUUUACUGUUAAGAUCAGACAUCCACCAAUGCCUAAAUUCUAUAAUCCCGGACCCAAAAAUGAAUACAAUAUAAGCACUCUUGUCACAGUUGCCACAAAAACAUUUCUACGCUAUGAUAAACUUCAGGAUUUGAUCAAUAGCAUUCGACAGUUCUACCCCACUAUUACUAUAGUGAUAGCUGAUGACACAGAGGAGCCUAAACCUGUAAAUGGACCCUACAUUGAACAUUAUAUCAUGCCCUUUGGCAAGGGCUGGUUUGCUGGCCGUAACCUGGCCGUCUCUCAGGUAGCAACCAAAUAUGUGCUUUGGGUGGAUGAUGACUUCAUUUUCACCUCAAGCACCAAACUGGAAAAAAUGGUGGAUAUUUUGGAGAGAACAACUUUGGACCUGGUGGGGGGAGCUGUGAGAGAAGUGACAGGAUACACUGCCACCUAUCGACACAUCAUCUCCACAGACGCAGGUGAUGAAGAGGGGGAUUGCUUACACAUAAGGACGGGAUUCCACCACGUUAUCGAGGGAUUUCCCAAUUGUGUGGUUGCAGACGCCGUCGUUAAUUUCUUCUUGGCUCGCACAGAAAAGAUACGACAGGUGGGCUUUGACCCGCGUCUGGCUCGGGUUGGCCAUUUAGCAUUUUUUAUUGAUGGGCUCGGCUCCCUCCAUGUGGGCUCCUGUGAUGAUAUUAUUAUCAGUCAUGCAUCGAAGAUCAAGGCGAUGUUGCCAUGGGGACAGUCUGAGAAUGACAAAGCCUAUUCCAAGUUCCGUUAUGCUGCCACUCAGGAGACCUCUAUGAAUGAAUAUGAUCUUUAUUAUCUCAAGAAUCAUUUUAAAUGUGUCACCAGUGACUAAAUGUGGAAUGAUAAAAUGUAUGUUCUGCAAAGCACUUUCAUGGCAGACACUCUCAAAGGAGCCUUUAUAAAACAAAGCCAGAAAGAACAUGAUUUGGGACAUUAAUUGUGUAAUUUCAUCUCAAAACAGUUUGAAGGUCCAAUAAAUUGUGUCUCUGGAAAACAGUGUUAUGUGACAUUGUUGAAUACUAAAGGUUUUUGUGCAUAUGUAUUGAUGAUGGAUUCGUGGACACUGAUGUUUUUUUUUUUAAUAAAUAGUGGAGUAAAAUAUGUUUUUUAUU